AUGGCGACUUCCAGGUUGAUGGCAGCCAUGCUGCUGGCGAUGAGCUUGGAGCCAUGCCGGUCAGCAUUGUUGAGCUCCCACCUCUUCUCAAACCACAAGGGUGGAUGCGGCAAGACGACCAUCUUGUUCCACACUUGCGCAGAGUACGCCAGGCGGCACAAGGACGACCAGGUGCUGGUGAUCGACACGACUCUGCGAGGAGACUUGUCGGAGCUGCUUCUGGGAGGAGACAAGGGAGCCUCUGGGAAGCAGGCAGUGAAGGCCCUGGCUCAUCUUCGCAGCACCACCAAGCUGUUCCAUCAAGCUGCUGCUAUCCAUGCAGCCGAGGGAGUGACCUACGGGACCCCUUCCUCUACCAUUCGCGCGGCACUGGGGAAGAUACUCGCAAAGGAAGGGAAAGAUGCCGACGGAGAUGAUUCCCUGCUUGACAUCGACAAGGUUGUCUUGUACGAGACUCUUUCUGUCCUCUCGUCUCCUACCUUACCAUCCCACUUGCAUCGCUCACUUCACUCAUUCUCUUUCCAGACUGUUGUGAAAGUUCACGACUUCAACUCGUGUAUUCCGGAGAACGUCUUCCUGUGUCUGGGAGGAAGUGGCCCCCAGACUUCGUUUCCUCAACAGCAGCGACAAGCCAUCGCCGACACCAUCCGGAAGGUAGAGCAAGUCUCGCUGUAUGCGACUGGUACUGAUGGCGGUAUCAACGUGUGGCAGUAUCUAGACAAGAGCUCGACGUCGUGGAGGCUGAUAUGCGACACUGACGGUGAUCAGGGCUUCAGCGAUUACACCAAGAUCGCCCACGCGCUGUGCGACAAGUGCAUUAUACCGCUCAAGACAAACUUGAAUGAUUUCUCGAAUCGGUCGCAUGAAAAGACCGAUCGCCUCCCUCCUGACGUCUUUCUAGAUGUAUCCCUAUGA